AUGGACUCGGAGGAUGACCCCCUGCUGCAGGAUGUGUGGCUAGACGAGGAACAGCAGGAAGAGGAGACCUCGGGUGAGGCCUAUAGAGGUGUCUCUGGGGCACAGCUGCCCUCCGGAGCACAGGGCUGCUGGAGACGCUGGACGCUGCCUUCCCGGCCCCCAGCCUCAGGGUUCUGGAGCACCCUGGGCUGGGCCUUCACCAACCCAUGCUGCGCAGGUCUGGUGCUGUUCCUCGGUUGCAGCAUCCCCAUGGUGCUGUCUGCCUUCAUGUUUUUCUACUACCCGCCUUUGGACAUCGACAUCUCCUACAAUGCCUUCGAAAUCCGCAACCAUGAGGCGUCGCAGCGCUUCGACGCUCUGGCCUUGGCCCUCAAAUCCCAGUUUGGAUCUUGGGGACGCAACAGGCGGGACUUGGCGGACUUCACCUCCGAAACGCUGCAGCGCCUCAUCACAGAGCAACUGCAGCAGCUGCACCUGGGGAAUCAUUCGCGACCGGCAUCCCGGACCCCUCGCUCAGCUUCGAGGGUCACCCCUGCCACUCAGAGAUCAACAGCCAGUCCGAGUGAGCGACAUCGACGCCAGGCUCCGCCCCAGGGGGACCAGGUAGCCAAUCAGAGCCGAUCCCGUCGGGGCACCUCGCGUUGGGAUUACUCACGCACCUAUGUGAGCGCCAACACCCAGACCCACGCACACUGGCGCAUCGAGCUCAUCUUCCUGGCGCGGGGAGACGCGGAGCGCAACAUUUUCACGAGCGAGCGCCUGGUCACGAUCCACGAGAUCGAACGAAAGAUCAUGGACCACCCGGGCUUCCGGGAGUUCUGCUGGAAGCCGCACGAGGUACUCAAGGACCUACCUCUCGGCUCCUAUUCCUAUUGUUCCCCGCCCAGCUCACUCAUGACUUACUUCUUUCCCACCGAGAGGGGCGGCAAGAUCUAUUACGACGGCAUGGGCCAGGACCUGGCGGAUAUCCGGGGCUCCCUAGAGCUGGCCAUGACUCACCCCGAGUUCUACUGGUACGUAGAUGAAGGCCUCUCGGUGGAUAAUCUGAAGAGCUCCCUCCUGCGCAGCGAGAUCCUGUUUGGAGCCCCGCUCCCCAACUACUACUCAGUAGAUGAUCGCUGGGAGGAACAGAGGGCCAAGUUUCAGAGCUUUGUGGUCACCUACGUGGCCAUGCUAGCCAAGCAGUCUACUAGCAAAGUCCAGGUCCUCUAUGGGGGCACAGACCUCUUCGACUACGAGGUGCGCAGGACCUUCAAUAACGACAUGCUCCUUGCCUUCAUCAGCAGCAGCUGCAUCGCAGCCCUGGUCUACAUCCUCACCUCCUGCUCAGUGUUCCUAUCCUUCUUCGGGAUUGCCAGCAUCGGUCUCAGCUGCCUGGUGGCCCUCUUCCUCUACCACGUGGUCUUUGGCAUCCAGUACCUGGGCAUCCUCAAUGGAGUGGCAGCCUUUGUGAUCGUGGGCAUUGGUGUGGAUGAUGUUUUCGUGUUCAUCAACACCUACCGCCAGGCCACCCACCUGGAGGACCCCCAGCUGAGGAUGAUCCACACCAUUCAAACAGCAGGCAAGGCCACCUUCUUCACCUCGCUGACCACGGCCGCUGCCUACGCAGCCAAUGUCUUCUCCCAGAUUCCAGCUGUGCAUGACUUCGGCUUGUUCAUGUCCCUCAUUGUGACCUGCUGCUGGCUGGCUGUACUGUUCACCAUGCCUGCGGCCCUGGGCCUCUGGAGCCUCUACAUGGCACCGCUGGAGAGCUCGUGCCAGAGCAGCUGCCACCAGAAGUGCGGCCGCAAGAGCUCCUUGCAUUUCCCUGGGGACCUGUUCGCAGCUCCAGAGCGGGCUGGGGGUGGCCCUGCCCAGGGCCCGCUACCCUACCUGGAUGAUGACAUCCCCCUGCUAAAUGUCGAGGAUGAGCCAGUGUCUCUAGAGCUGGGAGACGUGUCGCUGGUAUCUGUGCCCCGUGAGGGUCUGCAACCCGCCUCCGAUGGGAGCAGCAGGGGCCAGCUCCUGGCCCAGCUUCAAGAGCUGUUGCACCACUGGGUCUUAUGGGCAGCUGUCAAGAGCCGCUGGGUGAUUGUAGGACUCUUUGCCUCCAUCCUCAUCCUGUCCCUGGUCUUCGCCAGUCGGCUCCGCCCCGCCAGCCGGGCCCCAUUGCUCUUCCGGCCUGACACCAACAUCCAGGUGCUGCUGGACCUCAAGUACAACCUGAGUGCCGAGGGCAUCUCCUGCAUCACCUGCUCAGGUCUGUUCCAGGAGAAGCCCCACAGCCUGCAGAACAAUGUCAGGACAUCCCUGGAGAAGAAGAAGCGAGGUUCUGGGGCUUCCUGGGCCAGCCGGCCUGAGGCCACUGCGCAGGAGUCCAUGAGCACCGUGUACAUCUCCAAAGUGAAGAGCAAAGGACGCCCGGCUGUCUACAGGCUGUCCCUCAAUGCCAGCCUACCAGCCCCCUGGCAAGCUGUAUCCCCUGGAGAUGGAGAGGUGCCAUCCUUCCAGGUGUAUAGAGCGCCUUUUGGUGACUUCACCAAGAAGCUGACCGCUUGUAUGUCUACAGUAGGGCUGCUCCAGGCGGCGAGCCCCUCCCGCAAGUGGAUGGUGACGGCCUUGGCCUGCGACGCCAAGCGGGGCUGGAAGUUUGACUUCAGCUUUUAUGUGGCCACCAAGGAGCAACAGCAUACCCGGAAGCUGUACUUUGCCCAGUCUCACAAGCCCCCCUUCCACGGGCGCCUGUGUGUGGCGCCACCUGGGUGCCUGCUCAGCUCCAGCCCCGAUGGGCCCACCAAAGGCUUCUUCUUUGUGCCUAGUGACAAAGUGCCCAAGGCCCGCAUCUCUGCCACCUUUGGCUUCAACCCUUGUGUGAACACAGGCUGUGGGAAGCCAGCAGUGCGGCCACUGGUGGAUACCGGGGCCAUGGUCUUCGUGGUCUUUGGCAUCAUUGGCAUCAACCGCACCCAGCAGAUGGACAACCACGUUAUCGGGGACCCGGGCAGCGUCAUCUACGACAGCAGCUUUGACCUCUUCAAAGAAAUCGGGCACCUGUGUCGCCUCUGCAAGGCCAUCGCGGGCAACUCGGAGCUGGUGAAGCCAGGCGGGGCCCAGUGCUUGCCCUCAGGGUACAGCAUCUCCUCCUUCCUGCAGAUGCUGCACCCCGAGUGUAAGGAGCUGCCUGAGCCCAACUUGCUGCCAGGGCAGCUAUCCCACGGGGCAGUGGGUGUCAAGGAGGGCCGUGUGCAGUGGAUCUCCAUGGCCUUUGAGUCGACCACAUACAAGGGCAAGUCCUCCUUCCAGACCUACUCGGACUACCUGAGUUGGGAGAGCUUCCUCCGGCAGCAGCUGCAGACCUUCCCUGAGGGCUCAGCCCUGCGCCGAGGCUUCCAGACCUGUGAGCACUGGAAGCAAAUCUUCAUGGAGAUCAUAGGGGUACAGAGUGCCCUGUACGGCCUGGUCCUCUCGCUUCUCAUCUGUGUGGCUGCGGUGGCCGUGUUCACCACCCAUGUCCUCCUUCUGCUGCCUGUGCUCCUCAGUAUCCUGGGCAUUGUCUGCCUUGUGGUGACCAUCAUGUACUGGAGCGGCUGGGAGAUGGGAGCCGUGGAGGCUAUCUCGCUGUCCAUCCUGGUCGGCUCCUCUGUGGAUUACUGUGUCCAUCUGGUAGAAGGCUAUCUGCUAGCUGGGGAAAAUCUGCCCCCACACCAGGCUGAGGAUGCCAGCUCUCAGCGCCAGUGGAGGACGUUGGAGGCCGUCCGGCAUGUUGGCGUGGCCAUCGUGUCCAGCGCCCUCACCACCGUCAUCGCCACCGUCCCGCUCUUCUUCUGCAUCAUCGCCCCGUUCGCCAAGUUUGGGAAGAUCGUGGCGCUCAACACGGGCGUAUCCAUUCUCUACACGCUCACCGUCAGCACCGCCCUGCUGGGCAUCAUGGCGCCGGGCUCCUUCACCCGGACCAGGACUUCCUUCCUCAAGGCCCUGGGUGCCGUGCUGCUGGCGGGAGCCUUGGGGCUGGGUGCCUGCCUUGUGCUCUUGCGCAGCGGCUACAAGAUCCCCCUGCCCAGUGGGGCUACGCUAUAG